UAUUAAUCAGCUGCAACAUUCUAGAGAAUCUCGGAUCAUCUUUUCGAGGGUUUCGUAAUCAUCAUGCACUGUUUUAAUAAGAACCACGGGUUAUAAGUUAACUAUACUUUUUCCAAAAAAAUAAUUUUGUUCUGGAAUACAAAUUAUUGUACUUUUAUUUUUUGCUCUCUAAAAUAUUUUGGUAACCAAAGGCUCACAAAUUUUCUCGAAUUCUCCGCUUGUAAUUAUUAGUUGCUGAGACUUCUGUAGAAAAUCUGGGAUCUUGGUCUCGAGGAUCAUGGCUUGGAAAGAAAUUCGUCCAUGGACGUUAUGUGGUCUAAUAGGAGCCUUUAUUGAUCUUUCUUUGGCUUAUUUCGUGCUCUGCUCGUCGAGUUUUUUCUUCUUUCCAUCGAAGUUUUUAAGUAUUAUUGGACUUCGUUUGCCAUGUCCUUGCAAAGGAUUUUUGGGGUAUCAAAAUGGCAAUUUUUGCUGGCACAGAUUGCUUAUUGAUUGGCCUAUUAGAAAGAUCCAUGCAGUUCAAUUGUUAGCCAAGAGUAGGUUCCCUUUCGAUUUGGUUUGGUUUAGAGACGUGAAAUGCGGAAAUGGGGUUGUUGAGUUGGGAGGUGACGGAAGUUCUAGCUCGUUUUCCGGUUCAAGGAAUCAAAAUCUCGCUGAUAGAGAAAGUGGGUGUGAAUAUAAAGGAAAGAGGGCUGUGAAUUUUAAGCAAAGGUCCGGGAUUCGGCGGCGUAGGCGGGCUAAUCUCGCAUAUGGGAAACUUGCUUCUGUUAUGUCAUAUGGUAAUUUCAGAGAAAUGAAAGAUAGAUAUGCUGAAAUCUUAGGUCCCUUAAGCAGGAGAGAAGACGGUCCCCAGGAUGGUAUAACUGCGUCAAAUGGAAAUUAUAAGGGUGAAGGGACUUGCCAUGGUUUUGAAUUGAGUGGAUCAUUCGGUGAAAGUAACGAUGCCUAUAAGAAUUCAGUUUGGUUUGAAAACUACAUUGAUGAUGCCGGGGAAAAAAAAUCCAUUGUUGGAUCUGAAUUUGAUAAGAUUAGGAUGUUGGAGCGAGCUCUUAAGGAAGAGAAAGCUGCUUCAGCUGCUCUUUACGUUGAGCUGGAGAAAGAGAGAGCUGCUGCGGCAACUGCUGCAGACGAAGCGAUGGCCAUGAUAUCCCGUCUUCAAAAGGACAAGGGAUCGAUGGAAACCGAAACCAGACAAUAUCAGAGGAUGAUAGAGGAAAAAUUUGCAUAUGACGAAGAAGAGAUUGAAAUUUUGAAAGAGAUACUUAUCAGGAGGGAGAGGGAGAAUCAUUUUCUGGAGAAAGAAAUUGAGAUAUAUAGGCGUAUAAGCAAUACAGGAGACAAUCAGUCAAAAGGCAACAUUAGUGAUGCAUUGGACGAAUCGGAACAAAGACCUGUAUCGUCAUUUUCUUCAAGCGCAGGUCCAGAAAUGGUGUUGGACAAGACUGUCGCUGCUAAAUCCCAUUAUGAUCAAGAUAUGGAAAGCAAUGCAGAUUCUCCUUCAAGCCAUGAGCUUCCAUAUGUUGAUAAGGAAAGCCAUUCUAACGGACAUGACUUGAUUAAGGAAAGAGUCCUUGAAGAAGACCAUUCUGAUGGAAGUCACGACGUUGAUGAAAAAUGAAAUAGAAGUGAAAAUUACACCUGAAGUUUGGCAUUUUCGUUUCUUUCUUUCGAUGAUUCCUGAUACUGGCUUGCUUAUUUGGACAUUCUGGACAGGCGUUGUGUAAUAUUAAGAAAUUGUGUAUAAAUGCACAAUCGAAGUAGAAAACUGAGCCUAACAAUACGUGAAAAGGGUUAUUAGCAGGGGAUACCCAAAACUCUGAGUAUUAACUUUGAGAAUUCCUUGUCUGCAGUAAUUAGACUGAGGUUGAAGAUUGAUACCAGGCUUGCUUUCUUCAUCUUUGUAUGGUGAACUUGAAAAAUUCUGCUGCGGAAUUUAGUCUUGGCCCGGGAAUCCUAUGGUGUUGAAACUGCCUGAAUUCAAUCAAGUACGAAGGUUGUUAAAUGUCCGAAUAAACAGCGAUUAGCAUAAUUAGUUGGUGGUUGCCUGUUAAUUUGUAGAUAUAUCUUAAUCUUUUCAGCUUUAGUUGAUCAGAAUAAAAUGGUGUCGAAGUCCUUAAAGCUGGUUUUUUUUUUUUUAAAUUAACUGUCCCACCUUGUCUUGUCCCUUGGCAGACAGAGAAAAAGAGGAAAAUGCCCUGUGAAUCGAUCUAUCAUUAUUAUUAUUCGUAUGCCAAAGAAUAUCAA